ACUACCUUUCCUCCCUAUUCCCUACACACAUAUAAAAUCCAAGAAACCCUAAAACAAAGCCUCUUGCGCGCGAGCGAGAGAGAGACACACACACACAAAAGGUUCAGCUCCAUUUCGUCGGCGGCGCUGUAAGCCCUUGAGCCUUCUUUAGGCUCCAAAGCAAAGUACGCAGCAACACCCAAGAAGCCGAAGCAAAAGCACUAGGUUCUCAUUCCUCUCUUCUGUAAAACCCUGUCUUUGCGCCGUCACAGCUUCUUCUCUCUUACUCUCGCUGGAACGGUACAGAGAGAGAGAUGGGUCAGAUGGGAGAGAUAGAAAAGCCGAUAUUCAGAGACAUAAGGCAUUAUUUCUGUGAGUACUGUGGCAUUUGCAGGUCCAAGAAGUCCCUCAUCACCUCUCACAUCCUCGCCCAUCACAAGGAAGAGAUGGGGGAGAAGCGUGCUGAUGAAGAAGAGAAAAUAGGGGGGACAAAAUCCAAUACUUGCACAGAAUGUGGUUCCACUUUCAAGAAACCAGCGUAUUUGAAGCAGCAUAUGCAGAGUCAUUCCCUUGAGAGGCCAUAUAAGUGUCCUGUUGAUGAUUGCCAUUCCAGCUACAGAAGAAAGGACCACUUGACUCGCCAUCUGCUACAGCACCAAGGAAAACUCUUCAAUUGUCCAAUUGAGAACUGCAACCGUGAAUUUUCUUUACAAGGCAACAUGAAAAGGCACGUAAAAGAAUUCCAUGGCGAGGAUCACCCUCCCACUGAUACUGAAUGCCAGAAGCAGUAUGUCUGCCCUGAAAUUGGGUGUGGGAAGGUAUUCAGAUUUGCGUCAAAGUUGCGGAAGCAUGAGGACUCCCAUGUUAAACUAGACUCAGUGGAGGCGUUCUGUUGUGAAACUGGUUGUAUGAAAUAUUUUGCCAAUGAUCAAUGCCUUAAGGCCCACAUCAAGUCCUGCCACCGACAUAUUACUUGUGAGAUAUGUGGGACCAAGCAGCUGAAAAAGAACAUUAAGCGACACCUGCAAAUGCAUGAAGCCGAAGUGUCAUUGGUGAGAAUCAAAUGCCAUCACAAGGGUUGUCUUCACACAUUUUCAAAUAAAUCAAAUCUCCGUCAGCACGAGAAGGCUGUGCACCUUGAUCUUAAACCUUUUGCCUGUAGCUUUAGUGGUUGUGGAAUGAGAUUCGCGCACAAGCAUGUGAGAGACAAUCAUGAAAAAACAGGGAACCAUGUUUACACACCUGGGGACUUUGAAGAGUCAGAUGACCAAUUUCAAUCGAGGCCUAGGGGUGGGCUGAAGAGAAAGUGCCCAACUGUAGAAAUGCUGAUCCGAAAGAGGGUUACUCCACCAAGUCAGUUUGAUGAGGGAUCUGACUAUCUUUCUUGGCUGCUCUCACAGAGGAAUGAGGACGAGCAGUGAGUCGCAUGCCCUCUAGUUUUGUGCGAUGUGAAUAGAAAAUCGAAAUAUAUAGUUAAUUAUAGAUGAUAUAUAUAGCUUAUUAGCAUCCUUGUAUAAUCUGGUUAUGUUCCUCAUUACAAGUCGUUAUGUCCUUUUGGGGUUCAUUCAUCAGUUGCCUCUACUCACUAGUAUUACUCAUCAUUGAAUACAAAUGUAGCCUUAGUUUCUUUAACCA